AUGUCAGAGGUCGAUGCGCGCGUAGAAUCGUACCGGGUGCCGAAGAUUCCGCCCUUCUGGCGACAGGCCCCGGAGGAUUGGUUUUUGCGGGUUGAAGCGACGUUCCGAAACGCGAACAUAACCGUUGACAGUACGAAAGUCGAUUAUCUUAUCGCUAGCCUCGAUCCUGAGGUUAUUUCACAUGUUCGAGAUUUGAUUACGGCGGAUCCACCGCCCGAUAACCUGUACAAAGUGCUCAGAGAUCGGAUUCUCGCGACAUUCGCGGUCUCACUUGAGGCCCGCUUACGGCAAUUAUUAAAAGGUCAGGUUCUGGGGGACCGGAGGCCCUCGCAUUUGUUAAGUCAAAUGAAUCGGCUCAACGGCGGGCAAUGCAGCUCUGCCGUAUUAAGAUCUCUCUUUAUUGAGCUGUUGCCAGACACGCAUAAAGCCAUUUUGGUUGCGACUAAUGAACCUGAUCUGCAGAAAUUAGCAGAAAUCGCGGAUAAACUUGCGGACAUUAACGGUCCCAGUUCCGCAGUCGCCGUUGUUGCGCCGACCAAAGAAUCCAAAGGCGCUCGUCCUAAAGCUCCUCUGAGCACUGACGAGCGGAUCGAUAAGCUUACCAAGCAGAUCCAGUCUCUGAGCACCUCGGUCGCAAAAUUGCGCCGAGACAGAUCUACCUCCCGCAAGCGUAGUAAUAAGCGUGGUGAUGAAGCAGCUAAGUCUGAUGACAAGACAGGCUACUGUUUCAUUCAUUAA